AUGGGCUCAAGCAGGCUCCCCGUGCUUGGUAUGCUCGUCUGGGUUCUGCACUUCGUGCUCAUGAGACCGGAAGUUACUAUGUAUAUUCUGGUCUAUGUUGAUGAUAUCAUCCUUGUCAGCUCCUCUGUUGCGGCGACUAAUCGUUUGGUUCUGGCUCUCAGUUCUGAUUUUGCUGUCAAGGACCUGGGCAAACUUCACUAUUUUCUUGGCUUGGAGGUCACUUAUCCUCAGGAUGGUCUUGCUCUGUCUCAGCAGAAGUACUCUCAGGAUCUCUUGCGCCGUGCGGGCAUGUUGGAGUGCAAGGCUGCUACUACUCCCAUGUCUUCCACUGAGACUAUUUCUGCUACUGAUGGGACCCUUCUGUCUGCUGAUGGUGCUACUGACUACAGAAGUCUUGUUGGUGCUCUUCAGUAUCUUACCAUCACCCGUCCUGAUAUUUCUUAUGCAGUUAACCGUGUCUGCCAGUAUCUCCAUGCUCCUCGCGAGCCUCACCUGACAGCUGUCAAGCGUAUUCUGCGUUACGUACGCUCUACUGCUACCUAUGGUCUUCAUCUGCGGCCGGCCCCCUCUGGUGUACUCUCGGCAUUCAGUGAUGCGGAUUGGGCUGGUAACCCCGAUGACAAAGCGAUCCACGGGGGGAUAUCGUUGUGUUCUUUGGUCCAAAUCUGA